UGCACAAACUGCCAAACUACUGUAACUCCUCUAUGGAGAAGAGACGACUCAGGUAACGUCAUCUGCAACGCUUGUGGUCUCUACUACAAACUACAUGGCUACCACAGACCCAUCAAAAUGAAAAAAGAAAUCAUCAAGAGAAGAAGAAGA